AUGUCUGAUUACGAAGAAGGUUUUAAUGAUGACGGGAAUGAGAAUUUCGAGAACUUCGAAGUGGAGCAUUUCUCAGAUGAAGAGAAUUUCAAUGAAGGAUUCAAAAAUGAUGAUGGUAAUGAGCCAAAGACCGAAGAUGGUAAGACGAUAGUUGUUGGUGGUACUGGAAACGGUCUAGAAGUAGAGGAGCAGUUCGAGACAAUUAGAAGAAAAACUUUGAAGGAAAGAGCUAUUCCAAAGGAAGAGAGAACUACGACUCCAUACAUGACCAAGUACGAAAGAGCUAGAAUAUUAGGUACUAGAGCUUUACAAAUCUCAAUGAAUGCUCCUGUGUUUGUUGAUCUGGAAGGUGAAACUGAUCCGCUAAAGAUUGCUAUGAAGGAACUUUCUGAAAAGAAGAUUCCUUUGGUUAUUAGAAGAUACUUACCAGAUGGUUCUUUUGAAGACUGGAGUGUUGAAGAACUGAUUGUGGAUUUAUAA